GAAUAUAAAUGUACAUCGUCAACACUUAAACGAAAAGCAAGUGAAAUAUUGCAGGGAAGGUUUCCUAGGAAAGUUGAAAAGGAUGUCGAGGGAAAUGAGGAAGAGUUGUUUGAGAAUCAUAUUAAGCACAAUGAAGAAAAAGUAAUGGGAUUAAACGCAAAAGUUUUUGAGGAGAAGAACAAUGAAAAGGACUAUGGUAAGUCAGUUGAAAUUAGAACCAAUACUACUGAAAUUGUUAUUUCAUAUUAGUAAGAAAGUUAGCUGAUGUAAGAUGUGUAAUUUUAAUAUAUAAAGCAAUAACACUAAAUCGAAAACGUUUGUGGCUGCAUUAUUAAAAAUAUAGCUGCAUUUAGGUGCACUAUUGUUAAUACUGCAGUUAGCUCUUUUAGAAUUACCCCUGAUAAUUUCCCUGUAAACAAAAAGGACCGCUUACAUUUUCCCUAGAAACUUGGACCAUACUGAAGACCUAGUUGCCUUCUUUGUUUGAAAUGGCUUUAAUAUUUGAUUCUAUAGAUGUAACAUCGAAAGGUAGGGUUUAA